AUGCCCGAACUGCAGCAACUGAGAAAACGGGACAAUGAUAUCAAUGCAACGAUAUCCUGGUCCGGUCGGUCGUUGACUACCAUCUACGCUGGUAUCUCCAUUCUGCACCGCAACUACGGAGAUAGCAGAGCCGCCAUCGCCUUUCGAAACUCAGCGUAUCUAUUCGACUAUGUCGUGUUCAAUCUGCCUGCCGAGUCUUCCAAGACACCUGCCCAUACCAUUUGCAAUCGAAUCGUCUCCGAACUGCGGGCCUACAGUGAGAAGCACACGGAAAAGAUCACAGGUUUGGCCUUACCGCUGUCCCUAGCUGACAAGUAUCCGUCCCUCUGUUCUCAGCUCUGGAGGGAACUGGAUAUUCUGCCUCUAGUUCUGGAACACAAAGAACGGGCCAGGAGGGAUUCUGACCUGGGUGAAUUGGCCACCUUCUCAUCAUGGGGCACCAAAGAAUUCGAUGAACAGGCGGACUCAAUGGUCAGGAAGUGUAUGCGGUCUUUCGGCGUGGGCCACGUCCUGCAGGAAAACAUAGGCCUUGGGAGCUUGGUAGAGGUUGAUCGGAAUUUCCGGGUGCGGCUGGCCAAUCUGGAAGAUUACCAGGCGACGGUGACUGCUCAGACAUGGUCCAUCGUUCAACAUUAUGCAGAAGAACUCAAGCAACGGAAUGUGAAAAUUGCAUUCUUUAGCUUGUCCUCGCAAGGGAGACCAGAUAUCCAUACAAGGCAUUCAUUAGUGAGGCUCUUACACUACCUGGGGGUCAAUGCUAAAUGGUAUGUCCCAAAGCCGCGUCCAGGGAUGAGUUGCAUUAUCCGGAAGAUGCACGAUUCCCUAGAAGGAUUGAAUGCACCGGGUGAUUUUCUCACCAUUGAUGAUGAACUACGUAUUCUGCAAUGGGUCUAUGAAAAUGCCCGAAGAUACUGGCUGUGUGAAGAUGAUCCUCUGCAGGCACGGUCUAAGGGUGGCGCUGACAUUGUGAUCAUUGAUGAUGCGUCUCUUACACCCGCAGCAUUAUUAUCAAAGCAGGCCGAUCCGAAUCGACCAGUCAUUUUUGAAAAUCGAGUUCAAGUUCAACGGAGCGUGUUGCAGAAUUCAAAGAACUUAUCGACACGAUCGUGGGACUUCCUGCGGGAACGUCUUAGACAUGUGGAUCUUGUGGUAUCUCAAGCCCCGAAAGAGCUGGUACCGGAUAUGAUGCUGAAAAAGAAAGUUGGCUAUAUCCCGGUAUCUGUGGAUCAACUGGAUGGAUCUAGUAAGAAUAUGAGAGACUUUGACAUCACAUUUUAUGGACGCGAGUUCAACUCCUUGUGUCGAUCCUUCGAGACACCGAUUUUGAACUAUCCGGAGGAGCAAUACAUCCUCCACCUCUCACAAUUCAGAAACCUCGACGAGACCCUCACAGUCCUUCACGCCUACCAAAAGUUCUGCAUCCAUUGCUUGGACGCAGGGAUGAGCGUUCCCUUCCCCAAACUCCUCAUAUACCACUACGGACCAUCCCGCAGCUCCAAAAGCACUCUCAUCUAUGAUGCCAUCCUCUCCCACAUCGAGGUGGACAUGCCACAUCUCAGACCAUCCAUCUACGUAAUGCAAAUCGGCCCGCCAGAUCAGCUCUGGAAUACCCUUCUAACCAAAGCAAAAGUCGUCAUUGAACUGUCCAUGUGCGAAGGUAUUCCCGCCAUGCUGCUGGCUGCUAUCCAGAAAGGAAAACCCAUAAUCACUGAGAGGGAAAUGAGUCAGUUUUCCUUUACCAAGGGUGUUGAUAAUAUCCUUUUCUUUGAGAAGGGCGAUGUGGACAUCAUUUCCAGGCUCCUGGUGGAGCUCUGGACUGAUUCCCAGCUGAGCCCCAUGCUGCUGCCGGGGCCGAGGAGGCUGAGGGAUGAGCAUACGACGGUUGGGAAUGCGGUUAAUUGGUUGUUUUUGGCGGCGGAGAUGUCGCGCGAGGAUCAUGCUGUGGAGCUGGAUGGGAAGAGUAUCUUUGAGUUGGCUGGUCAGGGGGCUGGUUUGUGUGUUUGA